GGAAGCGGAGAGCCGGAAGUGGGGUUGGAGAGGUUAUCCCCAGGGGUGGGGAAGCGGAGGCCCAGGAGGAGGGGGAAAAAAGAAGGCGGAGGUUCCUGGCUACUACUCUGAAUCCGAUCCCGAUUCUCUCAGAUCUCAGAAACACUGAAAAAGGAAAGGGUGUCUCAUCCCCCUUCCUCCCUUCCGCCCUCUCCUCAGCCUUAGCCAUGGCCGAGGCAGGGGCCGGGCUGAGUGAGACCGUCACUGAGACAACGGUUACCGUGACAACCGAGCCCGAGAACCGGAGCCUAACCAUCAAACUUCGGAAACGGAAGCCAGAGAAGAAGGUGGAAUGGACAAGUGACACUGUGGACAAUGAGCACAUGGGGCGCCGUUCAUCAAAAUGCUGCUGUAUUUAUGAGAAACCUCGGGCCUUUGGCGAGAGCUCCACGGAGAGCGAUGAGGAGGAAGAGGAGGGCUGUGGUCAUACACACUGUGUCCGGGGCCACCGCAAAGGACGGCGUCAUACAUCCCAGGAACCAACCCCCACCACCCCUCCCCAGCCUCCUGACCCCUCUCAGCCCCCUCCAGGGCCAAUGCAGCACUAAAUUCCUCUCUCCCCUACCAUUCCUGUGUCUGCUUGGCCCUGAAUGUAUCCAUGUGGCUACUUAGGGACUAAACCCAUGGUUUGAUCCCUUCUCUAGUCCCCCUCCUUCCCUCUCCUCUGGCGUGAUAGAGGGAAGAAGAAGAGGAGGGUGGACAAAGAUCCUGGAAUUCUGACUUGCUGCUAUACCAGAACCCAGCUUUUGGGUUCCCCUAGCCCUCAUUUCUCUUCCUGAUACCCAUCCUCCCCUCCCCAGGGAUCUAGGCAUCUUGGUCUCAGUCCCCUCCCUUUGUUCUCACUGCCAAAUGGCCUGUCCUGGGAUCCAGUUAUCUCAAUCCCUUGCACUCUCCUUGAGUCCCAAACACUUAAAUUUGGUUUCCAACAGCCCCAGGUUUCACUGCCAGGGUCCCAGUCAGAUUCCAGGCAAUCUUGUCCCAGCUUUGCCCAUUAUUCCUGGCUUAGAGCUAUUCCAGUAAUGUAUUUAUACAAUCCUAACUCUUAGUCCUCGCCUGUGGGAUGUGAGGUCUCGUAAGAUACCUCAGGGCUCUCAGCCCUACCCCUCCCCUUGUGCUCACUCCCUCAUUCCCUUUAGAGGAGUUAGGAGAGAGAGGUCUGUGUCAUUCUCACCUCUAAUAGAAAAUGGAGCAAGAAAUAGUCAUGUCCUUUCUCACCCUUCUCAGAUGAUCUAGGAUUCAUGACAAAGCUGGCUUUGAGACUGGUCACUUAGAGCCAAUUAUCUCCUCAGCCUUUGGUCUUCCAGCUUCUGAGAUAGAUGUAACAUAGUCCCAGGGACCGAGGUCCCUAGGGGAGGGAGAGAAAGGGGGGAGCAGAGAGAUGGGGGUGUGCCCCUUACACUCUUAGCCCUUUCUUCCUAGGCUUUAAUGUCUCUGCCAGCCUAGAUGUCCAGUUCUCUCAGCCCUUCUAACCUCUUACUGGGACCUAAGAUCACUUCCCAUGCCUCUUGACAUGCACGGUUGCAGACAUCAAUCAAAUCCAUACCACCACGGAGAUCUCAUUUAUUGCCACAGAUGCACAAAAUAAAUAACCCAACAUCACAAAACGUGUUAAAUAUGGGCCCAUUUAUACACAUGAGGAAAGAUGUGAGCCUAUGUACAAGGUUGAGUUUCGGGGUAUCUGGGCUAUUCCCAGCUAGAGAGGAGAGGUAGCACCACUGGUUCCAUUGUGUGAGUAUGUGCAGGGGGAAGUCUUAAGAAAGUUCUUAAUGGAGAAAGGCUGUGAGCAUAGGAAGCAGUCAUGGUUGGAGAACUGGCCCACCAAAAAAAGGAAAAAGGGCAGUUAAGCUUCCUGGGGGCCUGAAGCUCAGGCCAGAGUCAGGCCACCUGUUUUUAGGGGGAGACUCUUGUGUAGCAGAAGCUUCAAAGUGCACAAGGCAGGGAAACCCAAGCCUCAGAGGUAUGGAGAAGGUGCUGAGCCCUUCUGUGAAGCUAGGAGAGGCUGGAGUGGGAGGUGAAUAGCUGACUCCCAGGGCAUCUGUGUUGUAAACAUGGGUCGUUUAUCAAUACUGAUGGGACAGAGCCAGCUCUCUAAUUCAGGCCGGAAAUCCUGUAAGAAGUGGAAAGGUCAGUUGAGGAGAACUGGGAUAACAGUGGAGGAGAAGAGUCCCAAGAGGGAGAGGCAGGAAUGGAUUCGGCUUUGGGCGUCGAUGUGGAAACCUGGAGACCAGCUGAGAUCUUAUUUUUGGGGAAAAGAGGCAA